AUGCCUCAGGGACGGGUUCUUGUCAUUGCUGGCUCCGACAGCUCAGGCGGGGCCGGCCUCGAGGCAGACCAAAAGGUGAUUGCAGCGCACGGCUGCUAUGCCAUGACAGCCACGACUGCCUUAACGGCUCAGGACACUACUGGCGUACACGAUAUCCACCAUGUGCCGCAGGAGUUUCUGGUUAAGCAGAUCAAUGCCUGCGUCGGCGACAUUGGAGUCGACGUUGUCAAGACGGGUAUGCUGGCUUCUCCCGCAACGAUAGGAACUGUUGUCGAGGCUCUCAAGAGACACAAGAUACCCAAGGUGGUUGUGGACCCGGUCAUGAUCGCAACGAGCGGGGCCGAGCUCCUCCCCCGCGAGGCCGUCGCGGAGCUGUUAGAAGGUCUGCUGAGGCUCACUACCGUCCUCACGCCCAACAUCCCCGAGGCGGAGCUCAUUCUCGAGGACUCUGGCCACAAGCCCGUCGAAGUCAGGAACGUUAAGGACCUCGAAGAGAUGGCACGGUCCGUCCAAGCGCUUGGCCCUGAGUGGGUGCUGGUUAAGGGCGGGCAUAUGCCAUUCAAGGCGGAUUUCACUGUAGCCGAGACGGAGGAAGAGAGGUCUGUCGUUGUUGACGUGCUUUACGGACAUGGGAAGUUUCUGCAAAUACAGAGCCCGUACCAAAGGUCCAUGAACACGCAUGGUACUGGCUGCUCGCUGGCUUCUGCCAUCGCUUCUAAUUUGGCCAAGGGUCUUACUGUACCUGAAGCAGCCAAGUCAGCCUGCCGAUACAUCGAGGCUGCGAUCAAAACAGCCCCGGGCUUCGGCAGGGGACAUGGACCUUUGAACCACUUUCACUCGGUUCAAAUACUUCCGUUCGCGCCGGGACGAUUCAUUGAGUAUAUGCUCGCACGACCCGAUGUCAGAGACGUCUGGAAGACUUUCGUUUAUCAUCCCUUUGUCAUGGCCAUGGGAAACGGCACGCUCCCCAUGGAGUCCUUCAAGCAGUACCUCAUCCAAGACUACCUUUACCUCGUCCAUUUUGCCAGAGCCAAUGCCCUGGCGUCGUACAAGGCGAAGAACAUCGCGGAUAUUGCUGCUGGCGCCACUAUCGUCAGCCACAUCAAUCGUGAGAUGAGCCUGCACAUUGACUACUGUAAGGGUUUUGGCAUUACUGUGCCUGAGAUUGAGGCAACUGAGGAGCAUCGAGCUUGCACGGCAUACACACGCUACGUUCUCGACGUGGGGAUGAGCGAAGACUGGAUUGCCCUUCAAAUGGCACUGGCUCCCUGUCUUCUAGGGUACGGUGCCGUGGCCAAGCAGCUCCACGGCGACGUUAAGACGAAGCGCGAUGGCAAUACGUACUGGAAGUGGAUCGAGAACUAUGUCGCCGAUGACUAUGUCGGGGCCGUCAAGACUGGGUCAGAGUUGAUCGAGAGGCAUGCCGUGCUACAGAGUCCGUCGAGCAUCGAGCGGCUUAUCAAGAUCUUCGUCCACGGAACCAAGAUGGAGAUUGGCUUCUGGGAGAUGUUUCCUUACCAGCGAGGAAGCCCAAUAGGAUUGAUUGCUCGAAGAUUUCCGAUAGACUACUAG